UUGACACACAACCACUGUUCAUAUUUUUAGUGAUCACACAUUGAAAUUUUAUCAAAAAUGUACGCUUGUCGCCCACUGGCGGGCAGUCUAAAACGGCGUACUCCGCUCCUAAGGCAGCUGCUUCUUAAAAAACCAUUGAUUUCGUUUCGUCUGCUGGCCACCGAAGGAUCAAAGGAUAUCAAGCCUAGUGGACCCACGACAAUCGGCCCAGGUGGUAAUAUCAUAGUACCUCCGGUCACCCUGAAAGUGAUACCCUUUCGUAUGCCACCCGAUUUGUCGUAUGAUGAUAAAAAUAUGUUAUUGGGACGAGAGUUAUCGCCACAUUUGACCAUCUACAAGAUUCAGUUGACAUCGACAUUGUCUGCAUUAUUGCGAAUUAGUGGCUUUGCGCUAUCACUUAUUGUUUGGAUCAUAGGAAUUGGUGGACUUUGCCUUCAAGGCGAUAUGGAGGGUUUUAUAAAGAAGGUCGAGGAAUGCGAUUGUCCCAACAUUAUGAUGAUGAGCAAGGCAAUGGUUGCCUUGCCAUUAGCUUACCACUCGGUCGCCGGCACAAGACAUUUGAUCUGGUAUUUGAAUAAAUUUCUCACAAUACCGGAGAUAUAUGCCACAGGCUAUGUGGCUAUUGUGCUGUCCAUUGCUUUGGCUGCCUUUCUAUUAUGCGUUAAUGUCGAUCAGAAGGUCAAGGAACAGGUGGAUCUCAGCCAGCCAUCAAAGAAGGGCCAAAAGCCUCCACCGAAGAAAGACGAAAAGAAGAAAGAGCCUCCUAAGGAUGCCAAGAAAGAACCUCCUAAGGAUGCAAAGGGCAAAAAGAAAGAAGAGGAAGUUAAAGCUGCGAAGUGACAGGACUCGGAGACUUCGAAGAAUCUUUCUAAAUUUGAAUGUAUUAUAUAUAUUUAAUUUUAAUUUCUUGGAAUAAAUAUUUUU